GCGGCGGCUCAGAAGCGGCAGCAGCGGGUGGUGGGAAGGAGUUGGGGAGGGGGGGGGGGGGGUCGAGCCAUGAAUCCCAACUGUGCCCGUUGCGGCAAGAUCGUGUAUCCCACCGAGAAGGUGAACUGCUUGGAUAAGUUCUGGCAUAAAGCAUGUUUCCACUGCGAGACCUGCAAGAUGACCCUAAACAUGAAAAACUACAAGGGCUACGAGAAGAAGCCGUAUUGCAACGCACACUACCCGAAGCAGUCCUUCACCAUGGUGGCAGACACUCCCGAGAACCUGCGCCUAAAGCAGCAGAGCGAGCUUCAGAGCCAGAUUCGCUACAAGGAGGAAUUUGAGAAGAACAAGGGGAAAGGCUUCAGCGUGGUGGCUGACACCCCGGAGCUGCAGAGAAUCAAAAAGACUCAGGAUCAGAUCAGCAACAUAAAAUACCACGAAGAGUUCGAGAGGAGCAGGAUGGGUCCAAGUCCCAGCGAAGGUGCUGAGCCAGAGCGCAGGAACUCCCAGGAGAGCACUAAUUACCGGAGACCUGCAGAGCAGCAGCAUCAGCCGUCUCAUCACAUCCAACCCAGCAACCCAGUCUACCAGCAGCAGCAGCCGUCGUCUCAGUCCUACGGCUACAAGGAGCCGGCAGCACCAGCCUCCACACAGCGCAACGCGGCUUCUGGAGGGGGGAAGCGUUUCCGUGCUGUCUACGAUUACAACGCGGCUGACGAGGAUGAGGUCUCCUUCCAGGACGGCGACACCAUCAUCAACGUGCAGCAGAUUGACGACGGGUGGAUGUACGGCACGGUGGAGCGCACGGGUGACACAGGCAUGCUCCCCGCCAACUACGUGGAGGCCAUCUGAGCCACGGGAGGGGACAGGGCACGUGGCUGACAGCCGAGCCCCCAGCCUGCGCCGGCCCGUGUGUGUGUGUGUGUGUGUGUGCGCGUCUCUCUGCCCCAGCAUCCCUUAUCCCAUGUGCUCUGGCAAUCGCCCGCCGGAGCCACGUCCUGACAUCUCGGUUACUCCGUGUUUCUGCAGCUGCCUCCAGUUUCUCUUGCCAAUUUAGCUUUGUUCUAGCUCUGUCGGGAUUGAGGGACAGUCUGCAAGGGAUGUUGGGGGCUUGAGAGACCAAACCACUGCAGCUUUCCUUCUCCUUCGGUCCCCCUCCUCUCCAGCCUUCCUGUGCACUCCAGCAUUUCCUGGCCAGGGGAAGCAGCCGGAGUCACCGGGACCUCACCAAAGGGAGGAGGAGACCAUCUGUUAGGACCAAAUUCCCCCCGCUCUGGCAGGGAUGGGCAGAGGGCAGCGAUGCCUGCUUGGACGAGGUGAGGGAUGCUCGUCCCAAGGGCUGACAGGAGGGAUGAGCUGGCAGCCUCCACCCUGCACCGCUCCGGCUUGUGCCGUUGCUUCUCCCAGCUCCUCUGUGCAGCGUUUCCAUUCGGUCUUUGCUCCCUUUAGUCCUAAAAAUGUGCACAGUCAAAAUCUUACACAAAAUCUUUCUCUCUCCUUGGGAUUCAGAGCGGCUGCUCUGGGCAUCCCUGGAGGCGGCUCUCGCUACUUCUACCUGGGGCUCCGGCUGCCUCCUUCCCCCUCCCUGAUCCCUCCGGGCCGAGCUGGGGCUGUGCUGGCGCAGGUGAAGGAGUAGCCGCAGCGUUGCUUCACCUGGAGGCUGCUGCUCCCACCUGAGGGCUGGAGCUGGGCUGAGCUCCCCACUCCUCUGGGCUGGGAGGGGGGAGCACUGCGACACCGAGACCUCAUGUACCCCCUGCGGCACCAGAUUUCUCUUUGGGCCAGGGUCUGGGGGUCUCCUGGGCGCCGUGUGCUGGGGCAGCCUCUUCUUCUUAGCAGUGGUCGCUCACCAGAUUCACCGAGAAUCUUCCUGCUUUUCUCUUUCUGCUGCUGGGCUUUGGGAACCCUCCUGAGCCCCCCACCUGCUGGGUAGAUGGUCUGGGGAGCCAGCAGGAUCAGCUCCAUCCCUCUGCCUCUUCUGAGCCACGUGUGAAACGUCCUCCCCUUCUGUCACCGUGCUGGGGACCAUCCUGGGUGACUGUCCCCUCCGCAGCUUGGUCUUGAGUGGCAGAGACUGGGGUAUGGCACCCCGAGCCACCCUGCACCUCUUGGUACCCAGUGGCGGUGGCUUUUGGGAUCACAUCAUGGACCAAAAUCUCAAAGCACAUCCGUGUCCCCUUCUCUUUUGUGCUCCGAAGGUCCUGGAGCUGGGCAGGGGCAUAACUGGAAGCCUGUGCAGGGAGGGCAGGAGCAGGAUGCUCCUCUCCCGGGUCACAGAAGCCGAACGCUGGGGCAGCAGUGAUGCCUUCAUACUGCCUCUGGUGCUCCCGCUGCCCUGUGCCUGGAAGGUGGAGACGGGGCAGCCGGAGGGGACCGUCCCCUUGCUGGGCUGUGCCAUGGGGCCAGGAUGCUUCCAUGGGAAAGCUGCUGCCUUUGCUAAUUCCUAAAGGAAAAAAGGGAAUAUAGGGACCAAAGCAGCUGAAUUGAGACAUUCCUUGGCUCUGUUUUGGGGACACCUCCUUUGGGGACUGUGUGGCAGAGGAAGAAAGAAUCCCGCUGCCUCGCACUUGCAGUUCCCUUUCUCAAAGCUCAUGGGGCUGCAGGGCUGGUUUGUGGCUGGUGCUGAGGUUGGGGGGACCGGAGCUGGGCGCUGCCGCAGCAAAUGCUGUCCUGGUGGGGAGGGGGCUCCUGGCAGGGCAGAGACCCGCCGGGAGGGCACGAGCCGGGGAAAGGGGAGCAUUUUUGCUCCUGGCCUGUUCCCCAGCCAGCGGGAGCGGGGAGAGUAACGGGGGCUCCUGGCACCAUUGUCCCCUCGGGGUGAAAGCGGGAUCCCAGAGCAGCCGGGAUGGGCUUUACGGGAUGGGAAUCCCGGUUGGUGCUAAAACAAGCAAGCACAAGAGCAAGGGAGAGGGGGCAGCUGGGCUGGAGGGGGGGGCAGUCUGCAUCUCCCUGCUAAUCCUCUUAAUCACGUUCUUGUCUGGGAAUGGGGGGGGCGUAUCAAUGUGAAUAAACCGUUUUUUAAUGGACCAAAUCACACAGGCAAUUAGGUUUUGGUAUACAGACCUUUUUUUAAUGCUACCUUGAAACCAUUGUCCUAAUUCUCCCCUCCCAUGCCCUGCCCCUUCUCCCCUGCCGUGGGAAACGAACCUCUUACUGCUUGAUUUCUGCCUUUUCUCUCAACUUAUGCACUUUUUUGCCUUUUUUCAUAGCUGAAAAGCACCUAAAUCUGUAUUUAAAAUAAAUAAAUAAAUGAGAUGGUUAAAAAAAAAAAGUAAUUAAAAGCUAAAUUGCUUCUCAUCACGUGUAAAAUAGACCUUGUCCAUCCCAGCUUCCCUGGUUGCGUCUCAAUGCUGAGCUUAGAACGUGUUUUCUUCCGGAUCCGUCGCUUGAUUGGGGUUUGUCCUUGUGUACUCCUUCCCGUCGGGUUGAGCACCCACCAAGAAAAAACAUUAUUUGGCCUUUUUAACCAAACCAUCGAAUGGAACAAACCAACCAAUUCUCUUCCCGGUUUACUCGAAUUAAAAAUAAAAGUAUAAUUUUUACCUGCCAA